GUAGACAGGUUGUCGUCCAAAGUUGACCAGGACGUAAGAUCGGUGCAAAGCAAGUUGUCGGCAUUAUCAAGGUACUACGGGAGCCCUGAAUGGAGGUUGAAGGGGGUCAGCAGGGGCAUCAGCCCUUGAGUCCGUCACACGAUGUUGGAAUGGUGGGGGCAGAGGAGGAACCAGGCAACAAUGGGCAGAAAACACCAAGAGGAGAGGAAGUGGAGGGGGGUCAACAGAAUCGCUCCCCUCCUCCUGCAGUAACUAAUUAUUGGGCGGAAGAAGAACGUGUACGGGAGAUGUUAGCGAAGUGCUUUGAUGCUGGUAUUAUGCCAACUGGCUGGGACAUCGGAGAGAUGAGAGAAGAAGGAUCGAAGGCACACUUUACUUUGAAUCCAUCCUUGGAUGAAAUCAAGGUAAACUGGCUUAAGGAACGCACCGUCACCGUUAUUUUUUUGGAAGGUUCAAAGAACCUUCCAAAGAAAAUAAAGGAGGACGUCAUCCGGGCGUACGAAGAUGUGUGGCUGGGGGAAGGGAGAUUUGACCCCUCGGUAACGAGGGGAAGGGUCUGUAUCGAGUCGAGUAACGUGCUUUCAUACAUCGCUAAGGACCAGAAAGUAGCUGAUUGGAUGAAGACUGAGCAAGGCACCACGGUAGAACUUCGUAGAAGAUGGUAUUCUGUCGCCUUCAAGCCAUGGAUGACGAAGGCGGACAUUCUGGAGGCAAAGAAGAUGGACGCUAAUAUGUAUUUUUGGAUUAGGUGUCUGAAUGUUCCAAUAGACGCCUAUUGCUUCUUGGAGGAUGCUGCGACGAGGGCGAUUGGACCAGUGAGGAAAGUAUAUCCGCCAGAGAAGGAUGUAUUAAAACCUCAGCUGAUUAAUGUUCGCAUGGAUAUCGCCAUCGAGGUCCUUCCAAGAUGCAAGGAAACGCUAACGUUUACUACGUUCCAAGGACAGAUCCUGGAAGUCAAGGUUGUGAAUGCUUCAACCCCUUGGUGCAGUAACUGUAAAAAGUUCUUCCACUUGGCGGACCAGUGCCCGAGAUUUCGCAGUAGACAACCUUCGAGACUGCCGACACCUGUACCAUCUCCAGCACCAAGCCCUACGAGAAGCGGAGGAAGCCGUCAUUCCCCCAAUAGUCAAGGGAGCAGAAGAAUGAGUGAAGGCAACAAUAGUACAAGGGAUGAGGAUAUGGAAGGAAACAGGUGCCGACCAAUCAGUCCAGAACCCUCGCAAGCAUCUAGCACUUCAAGCUCUAGAGCAAGUAGUGGCAGAAGUCGACCGAAAAGAGGCUCAUAUGAUGGAUGCUUAAAACCGCGCUCGAGAACCCUGAGUGAGGAGAAGGGUGGACAACAGCAGAGGAACAUGGGAUGGGGAGGUACAACAAGACUCAACCCAAUAUAUGGUUUUCGAGACUGGUCGAAUCAGCCGUCAGGAAGCGGUGGAAGUCGGACACCGGUGCAAGAGAGAUCAGGCAGUCAAUUAGGCGGAGUCCUUGGCCACCAGCAAUUACCAAAACCAACCGGCAGGGAAGGAGGUGACAAUCGGGCCGACUCAUCGAGCAAAAUGGCUUCACCCACGUUAAGUAGAGCUAGCGACAAGGAAACGCAGGGCCCCGGAGGGCCAGGAGGUCCGGCAGGGACGCCUACCAAACUUCGGAGGAGGCUAAGCGAGGAUAUGAAAGACCUACGGAUACGAGAGAAGGAGGAGGAUGAAGGUUCAGAAGCUUCUGAGACAUCGGCUCAGGGUGAGAAGCCUGUCGAUAGAACUGUGGAGCUAAAGAUCACCAAACGGAACCGUAGACAGAUGAUUGCCAAGACAGGGCAGGAUCAGGGGUGGACCAAGUACCUGCUUCCGCUGCUGUUCACGACAGCUCAGGAAGGAGUUUUUGUGCUCGCCUGGUCAACAUCUCCAACGGAGGUGAUUCUUCCCUCUUUGCAGAUACCAGGCCCUCCAAUGCCGUUGGAGAUUGUGAGCAUGUCGCGCCACUUAUUUGGUAAUGAAAUUGCUAUUCGUUGUAGACAGACCGGAAUUGUCCACAAUUAAUAUUUUAGGAGGGAUUGAUGCCACGGCUCUCGGUAAACUUUCCACGAAAAUUCCUAAAUCGAGGGCCAUUACAUCAGAGUUGUUUUGCACCUUCCUGACUCAACGGUGGGAUACCGGCCUGACUGCAGAAAACAAUCAUCCAGAUCAGUCCCGUAUGUCAGUCCCCUCUAUUUGCAUCCAAUCAGCAGCAAGACAAGGAAACCACAAUGCAUAAUGUUAAAAUAGGGUCCUGGAAUGUUAGGGGGAUGGGGGACAUAGGUCGUAGGAAUAAACGGGGCGGGAUCAAGUCGUGGAUUCAUGAGAACAAAAUCAACUUCAUGUG